UUGGGUAACGAAGAUCAAAGUACUUUCAGCCCCAUCAAACUAUCGUUGUUUAGUAGGUAAGCUACGAAACUCGAAAUCAAAGCAUGUUGCAGCAACCGUAACGUAUGUCCUUUAUUCCCUUUUACAUCUUGACAGCUGACUUUUUAAUUCCAUCUUUCGAGGGAACUCGCUCUCGUGGCUCGAAUCGAUCAUCUCCGAGACCACGGGUAAUCACCGAGGCUAUGCACCUCACAUCAUGAUGUUGCAGUAGUUUUUUCCGACGGAGUCGAAGCGUCCCAUAAGUCCUUGACACAGGAGACUCGGAAACGCGGAUGAACGAUCUCCAUAAUGAUACCUAUUCAGCUUACAGCACACAGCCUCAGUGACUCGACGCUUGAGCGGCAUCUCUAGAUCCAAACAUCCGAGUUUCGCAUGUAUCCAUGUGUUUAUUGUUGUUCUCUGUGCCUUCAAGGGCGCCGUCUGUGCAACUUGAACAUGUGUAGCACGGAACGUUUAUCUAAGGGGCAUCAAUCACCUAUCGCAUACUAUACAAAACACCACAUUGUGAGUAUCAACUUUAUUUGUCACACGCAACACACUGCCGGAAGAAUUUCGAUGCUAAAAACAGUGGUAUAUACUACCAAGGAACGUGGAAGUUGGAAAGUUCUGUCCGUCCGGUCCGUCCGUUCUGUACGUCCUGUUCUCUCUGUCCCCAUCGUCCGACAAACCGUGAUCACACUGAAAUGUGCUGCUGAUCGUCUUACAGGUAUCUUUGACCUAACGCUAGAUAUCAUGACCACGUUUGCCGCGUUAGCAACAGGCCUCAAGGACAUAUCUCUCGUGAGGCUGUACCGCCCGGUGAUGCCCAAAGCUGGCCCAAAUCCUGAGGCGUUCCGGAUAGCCGAAUUAGGGUCAGACAGAAUGAACGGGACCGACGGUCAUUUCCAAUUUUCCGGUAUAUACCUUCAAGCGAAUAACUCGUUCCACUCGCAUUCUGAAUGCUCCAAGAUCUCCCUUGAUAGGUUCAACAAACUAUAUGACUAUCUGCGGGCUCAAACAAUGCGGAAUAAAAUAAGAUACAAUAAAAUCUACCAGAUUUAGAAGUGAAGUCCGCGAGUUCAUUCUCUGGCGCCCAUUCCAAUGGGGAACGACUGCGAUCCAUGUCCAACCUUGAAGGACUUUUCCUCUGACAUUUUUGGACUCGUAUUGGUGCGACUUGACUGCGGCUAGUGCACGGUUUACGGGACUUGACAUACGAUGUUAUCGACUCUCGAGAAAGCUCGACUUCAACCAUCUGCGUUGCUAUUACCAUUCUCGUGUCUUCUACGUGGUCGAGAACUCUU